AUGAAAGAUGAACAAAAUCUUCUAGAGACCGAGGGAGGUAUGAGGCGGCACCAAUCGAUGCAGAGGCUAGCACGAGACGGGAUGCUUCCUGAACACAGAGAUCCUGCGAAGGUUGUCCAAGACGAAGAAGGCAAUUUAAGGAUUACUGUUAAGAAGACCAAACCGAUUCUUGGGAUAGCUAUCGAAGGUGGCGCGAAUACCAAGCAUCCUCUUCCAAGAAUUAUUAACAUCAAUGAAAGUGGAGCCGCAUUCUACGCAGGUGGCCUCGAGGUCGGCCAACUAAUCCUUCAAGUGGACGGUACCAGGGUGGAUGGUCUUCAGCAUCAAGACGUCGCCCGCCUCAUAGCCGAAUGCUUCGCCCGAAGAGAUCGCGAAGAAAUCGAAUUUCUGGUCGUGGAGGCAAAAAAGAGCAACAUGGAGCCGAAACCAACGGCGUUAAUCUUCCUAGAAGCUUAA